GUUAGUGGUUAAGAUUUAUGUGAACAACGUUCGGCGCAUGUACCAGUUUUAAGUUGUGCCUAAGAGAGCGCGCGCGCCUUCCGUCGAAGCCUUCAAAGAAGCAUGUCAGCUGGAAUGUCAAUAAAUGAUUACUACAGGGGCAAGGGUGUCCUCCUAACGGGCGGUUCGGGGUUUAUGGGCAAAGUGUUAGUUGAGAAACUCCUGUACAGUGUUCCAGACAUUGGCAACAUUUAUAUUCUCAUGCGUCCGAAGAGGGGAAAGUCUGUCAAUCAACGAAUAGAGGAGUUGCAAAGAUUACCUCUCUUCGACCGCAUCAGGAAUGAACGUCCAUCAGCUUUCAAGAAGAUUAAGGUUCUCCAAGGCGAUGUGUUGUUCGAGAACUUCGGUCUGUCAGAUAUGGAUAUAGAGAAAUUGUCUGACGAGAUAUCUUUGGUAUUCCAUUUUGCUGCAACUCUUAGACUGGAGGCGCCACUUAAAGACAACGUCAACAUGAACACAUGCGGUACCCAAAGGACCCUGAAUGUCGCGAAGAGACUUAAAAAAGUAGAAGUCUUUGUUCAUCUUUCGACCGCUUUCUGCUACCCGGAUUACAAGGUUCUCGAGGAAAAGAUACACCCGCCGACAGUGUUGCCAUCGGAUAUAAUGCGGCUUAUAGAAUGGUUGGACGACAAGCAGCUAGCCCUACUUACGCCGUCGUUGCUGGGAGCACAUCCUAACUGUUAUACCUAUUCCAAGAGAUUAGCUGAAUCCAUAGUUGCUAAUGCAUUUGAAACAAUGCCCGUAGUCAUAGCUCGCCCUAGUAUAGUUUGUCCUGCUUUAUCGGAGCCACUUCCUGGGUGGGUGGACAAUCUAAAUGGCCCAGUAGGACUCAUGUUGGGUGCUGGAAAAGGCGCGAUCCGAAGUAUGCUCUGCGAUGGAUCCCUAUUUGCUCAAGUUAUCCCUGUGGAUACGGCGAUUAAUGCAAUCAUAGCGAUUGGUAUGAUUGAAGGACUACGGACGGAGAAGCCAGAUGUAAUACCAAUCUAUAAUAUUAACACUGGACACCAAAAGCCAACCACCUGGGGCGAUGUUUUAAGGAUUGGAAAAGACUACGGCCGAAAGUACCCACUGGCGUGGCCACUCUGGUACCCAAAUGGUGAUAUUACGACAAACUAUGCGUUACACGAGUUCAAAAGGAUAUUCUACCACUUACUUCCUGCGUAUUGCAUAGACUUUUUGCUGUUGAUCACUGGACAAAAACGAUUUAUGCUCCGAGUCCAAGAAAGGAUAAGCCAAGGCCUACAAGUACUACAAUAUUUCACAAUGAGGCCUUGGUCCUUCCCAUGCCCGAAUUUUGAUGCGAUAGAGUCGAAACUUCAUGGCGACGACAAAACAACCUUUAGUACCGAUCUUAGCAAUGUUGAGAAAAAGGAAUAUAUUCAGAAUUGUGUGGAAGGCGGUCGCUUGUAUUGUUUGAAGGAGGAUCCCGCUAAAAUACAUUUGAAUAAAAUGUAUCAAAAUUUCCUCUACGUUUUGGAUUGGAUAGUGAAGAUUCUGUUUUCGUUACUGAUUUUGUCGUUCUUGGCAAAAUGGUUCGAGCCUGUCAAAGAUGUGUUGAGCUUCGGGGAACCUGUAGUAAAACAUGUACCAUUCUUGGGGCCUGCAGUAUUUGAUAAAUAAUCAUAGUGUAAAUAACCAGCAAUUCUAUCCUGUAAAACAGAUUUUCAUAAAUAUACUUAACAAUUAGCUGGGAUUUUAUCAAAUGCACGAUAUUGUUAUUGAGGUUACAGGGUAAGCCUGCAGGUUGGAUGGUUUUUCAGGAUUGCAUCUUUUUCUUUUUUUUUCUUACAAUAAAGUUCACAAAAAAAUUAUGGCUGAUAAGUAAUAUUAUUUUGCCCUAAUUUUUACAAUACUAAUGAAUAGCGCGUCAGAAGUGCAUCUGACUAUUAUUUUUAUUUUUAUUGUUGAUAUUAAUUGAAGCUAUUUUUUUAUUUGUAUAACAAGUUCAGAAUGUUUAUAUAUUAUGUAUGUUCUACGUCUGCGGGAGUAUACAUUUCUACUUUAAUUCUUAAAUCCUUGCCUCGCAUCAUCUUCUAUUUCCACCACUAUAUUAAGCGCGAAGGUGGAAUCCCAUUCCGAAUGUCUUUAUUUUUAUCAAUAUAUAAAAUGUUAGUUACACAGUAAAUCUGUUUAAGACAUUUUAUUAUUAUUACAUUUUAUUUGGUGUACGUGUAUAUGCGGAUUUUACUUUAUUUUAAAAACUACUUUGGACGGUGCUAUUUUUCGUAUUGGUUUGUGGUAAACGCAUAGAAAUAUGCCGUAAGUAUACACAUAGUAAUAAACACAAAAACCUCAUUUAGCUCAUAAAUCUAAAUGUUACAAUUGUAUUACAAUGUUAUUUUAUUACAUAUAUUUUACUUU